AAAUGAAAUGAAGAAAUUGGAUAAAAAGACAGAGCAAUUUCUACUUAGCAAGACACAGUUUAAUGUGGAAGAAAUACAAGACUGGUUUACAACAUUUAGUCAGGAAUGUCCAAACGGUUUAUUACUCAGAGAUAAGGUGGACGAGCUGUUUAAAGAAAUGAAUAUUGGAGGGCAGGACCUGGACCAGUUCCUUCAAGAUGUUUUCAAACUUUUUGACAGAGAAUGUGUUGGAGGGUUGACCUUUGUCCAGUUCAUGCUUGCUUCUGAUUUAAUGGGAAGACGACCUGUGGAGGCGAGAAUCCGUUGGAAUUUUCAUUUAUUUGAUUCCGAUGGAUCAGGCAGUAUAGAUUCAGGAGAAAUUAUCGACCUUCUUUUAGCUUUGAUGACGUCAACAGGCAGAAAAACAUCAAGGUUUGACGUAAUACAGAAGUCGGAUGAACUAUUUGGAGGUCUUAAACAAACAGAAUUUUCACAGGUCACAGACUUAGGGCUGGGAUUGUUCUUAUUUUUUUUAUUCGUUUGUUCCUCGUUCUAGAACAAAGGUCUUACUUACAGACAGAAAUUAGG